GAUAAUAGUUAACUUUUAAUAAAAAUGGGACAAAGCAACUGUUGUGCUAGCAAUUCCAAUUCUUUCAUUGAAAAUCAAUCAAAAGAAGCUCCAUCAGAGAAAGAGUGAAAUGAAGUGAGGACUCUUGAGAGUAAGAAAAGUAGAAGAGGAAGUAUUUUAAGAUCCCAAGCUUUGUGAAAUCUAAAGAGUGAAGAUGAGCUUCCGAAGAAAGUUGGGCUUAAAAAGAACCAGACUGAACAACCGCGUACACAGCAAUUCAAAAAUUUCUCAGAAUCUCUUUAUAAAGAAUAUGCUUCUGUGAGGAAAUAGCAAGAAGACUUCUGUCAAAGAGAAGCCUACGAAAUAUAUCAAGAAGCAAGGGAAAUGUCAAGCUCUAGUUUUAAGAUAUAAACCAGACUCAAUUCAAAGAAUGCCUACACAGAUGAACAAAUAUGUGAUAAAUACAUAAUUCUUAAAGGGAAGAUUUUUAAGCCUUUCAUGCUAAAUUAUGCUCAUUAAAUUUUUACAGUU